UUUAUCAUUCGGCGAGAAUUACUGUCUUCGUUAUUAGAGAAUGUUUAAAUAGUUAAUUGUCUUAUAUGGUGUUGGUAGUUAAAGGUUACACAUUAAGGUUUAAGAAAACGGAAAUAAUAUUUGACUGGCUUGAAAGGGAAUUAGCUAAACUUUUGUAGUGGUCAAAUAUGUUGGGUUAAAAAUAAUAAAAUGAAGAAUACGGUUAUACAUAAAUAAAAAUUUAUAACCUCCAAUAUUUUUUACAAGUUUCACUUGUAUAAAAAAUCAUAAUUUUGUGCUACAACAUCAGUCGAUAAUUAAACAUCAACAAUGUUAUUAAUUUUUGUUGUAGCAUCCAUUUUUCGACUCAAUGUCUUGUUUGUAGCCUGCAAUUCAAUAAGUAGGGUGAGGAAAUUUCCAGAUGGCUUUAUGAUUGGUACGGCGACAGCCUCUUAUCAAAUUGAAGGAGCCUGGGACGUGGAUGGAAAAUCGGAAAAUAUCUGGGACCACUUAACUCAUACCGAUCCUUGCAAAGUGCUGGACUGCUCUAAUGGUGAUGUCGCCGACAACUCUUAUUAUCUCUAUAAAAGAGAUGUGGAAAUGAUGCGAGAAUUAGGACUCGACACUUACAGGUUUUCUAUCUCUUGGACCAGAAUCCUUCCUACUGGUUUUCCCGAUUACAUCAAUAAAGCUGGAGUAGCGUAUUACAACAACUUAAUUGAUGAAAUGCUAAAAUAUAACAUUCAGCCGUUAGUUACUUUAUACCAUUGGGACCUGCCACAGAAAAUACAAGAGAUGGGAGGCUGGACGAAUAGUGAAAUUGUUAAUUGGUUUGGAGACUACGCGCGAGUUAUAUUUAAACUUUUUGGUGAUAGAGUAAAAUAUUUUAUCACUAUUAAUGAACCUCAUCAAAUUUGCGAGUUUGGCUAUGGAAAAGAUAUAUUUGCACCAGCAUUAAACAUACAAGGUAUAGCUGACUACUUAUGCAUGAAGAACGUACUAUUAGGUCACGCUAGAGCUUAUCACAUUUAUGAUCAAGAAUUUCGGGUGAAACAAAAUGGAAAAAUAUUCAUUACAAUAAACGCCGAAUGGCAUCAACCCAAAACAGUAAAUGACGAGGAAGCAGCCCGGGAUGCUAGACAAUUUUAUUGGGAGGUUUAUGCUCAUCCAAUAUUUUCAAAAAGUGGAAAUUUUCCUCCGGAAAUGAUAAAGAGGAUAGCGGAUAAAAGUGCUGCACAAGGUUUUCUCAGAUCCAGAUUACCAGAGUUAUCUAGCGAGGAAGUUAAAUUUGUACAAGGAACCUCUGACUUCUUUGGACUUAAUCAUUAUUCCACAUAUAUUGUUUAUAGAAAUGAGAGCGCACCUGAAGUACAUCCUGUACCAUCAUACGACGACGAUGUUGAAACAACACAAUAUCAAUUACCUCAGUGGAAAAUUGGAAGUUCCAAUAGCACUAAGUACGUUCCAUGGGGCUUUCGGUCAUUAUUUAACUACAUCAGCCAUCAAUACGGAAAUCCCCCUAUAUUGGUCACUGAAAAUGGAUUUGCGACCAAUGGUGGAAUCGACGACAAAGACAGGGUGACAUAUUACAGAGGAUAUUUAAACGCCCUCCUAGAUGCUAUCGACGACGGCGUUGAUAUACGAGGUUAUACGGCCUGGAGUCUCAUGGAUAAUUUUGAGUGGUCACAAGGAUACACGGAAUGCUUCGGUCUGUAUGAAGUCGACUACAACGACCCAAACCGUACUCGUACGCCUCGCAAGUCCGCUUAUGUACUGAAGGAGAUUAUAAGGACACGAUCUAUUGAUCCCAACUAUGAACCUGACAUGAACCAACCCCUGACCAUUGACGAUAAUAACUGAAUAAUCUCAGUAUUAAAUAAACAAAUGUGUAAUUUUUAUUACAACCCAGUAUUAUAACCUUCAAAGAUAAUUAUUAUCAUUUUGUGUUUCUAAAACCCUUUAUGAUUUACAAACGACCUUCCAAAAUAUAAGGAAGAAAAUACCGAAAACAAAAAAAAAUAUGCCUUUGGACAAAUCUAUUCUUGGUGUUAUACGUUCAUAAAUAAAAUU